GUGGAUGUGCGCGUCGGCGGCCGGGGCUGCUCGUCUUUCUCUCCCGUACGCGGCGGGGCCGGCGGCGGGCGCAGGCUCUUGAAGCAAUAGGCUGUUGGAUUUUGAUCCCGCCCAGAAUACUUGAGUUUUUGUCAGCAAGAAUAUAUAAUAGCGAUUUUGCUUGUCCACGUAAGAAAAAAAGGCAAUGGAGACUGAACAACAGGAGGAGACCUUUACCAACACAGAGACAAAUGACCUCUCUACAGGCAAACGUCCUGCAGAAGAUAUGGAGGAAGAGCAGGCCUUCAAAAGAUCUCGGAACACUGAUGAGAUGGUUGAAUUGCGCAUCUUGCUUCAGAGCAAAAAUGCUGGAGCAGUGAUUGGAAAAGGUGGCAAAAAUAUUAAAGCACUUCGUACAGACUACAAUGCCAGUGUUUCAGUCCCAGACAGCAGUGGCCCCGAGCGCAUCUUGAGUAUAAGCGCAGAUAUAGAGACAAUUGGAGAAAUCUUGAAGAAGAUUAUCCCUACUUUAGAAGAGUAUCAACACUACAAAGGCAGUGACUUCGACUGCGAGCUUCGACUUCUUAUUCACCAGAGUUUGGCAGGAGGCAUUAUUGGUGUCAAGGGUGCUAAAAUUAAAGAACUCCGAGAGAACACUCAGACCACCAUUAAGCUUUUUCAAGAGUGUUGUCCUCAUUCAACUGAUAGAGUGGUGCUUAUUGGUGGAAAACCUGAUAGAGUUGUUGAGUGCAUCAAGAUUAUCUUGGAUCUUAUCUCUGAGUCUCCAAUUAAAGGACGGGCCCAGCCUUAUGAUCCCAAUUUCUAUGAUGAGACAUAUGACUAUGGUGGCUUCACAAUGAUGUUUGAUGAUAGAAGGGGACGGCCAGUGGGCUUUCCGAUGCGUGGAAGAGGAGGUUUUGAUCGAAUGCCCCCUGGUCGUGGUGGGCGACCUAUGCCUCCCUCAAGAAGAGAUUAUGAUGAUAUGAGCCCUCGCAGAGGACCUCCUCCACCUCCCCCGGGUCGGGGUGUUAGAGGUGGCAGCAGAGCUCGUAAUCUUCCUCUUCCUCCACCACCACCUCCUCGUGGCGGAGAUCUGAUGUCCUAUGACCGAAGGGGCAGACCAGGAGACCGUUACGAUGGCAUGAUGAUGCAGUGUCAUGUGGAUGCCUGUGAUGACAUGCAGCCACCAGAGCUGUUCGAGGGUGGCUCUGGUUAUGAUUAUUCUUACGCAGGGGGGCGUGGUUCAUAUGGAGAUCUUGGUGGACCCAUCAUCACAACACAAGUAACGAUUCCCAAAGAUUUGGCAGGAUCUAUUAUUGGAAAGGGAGGCCAGAGAAUCAAACAAAUACGUCAUGAGUCAGGAGCUUCAAUCAAAAUUGAUGAACCACUAGAAGGCUCAGAAGAUCGGAUAAUAACUAUUACAGGAACACAGGACCAGAUACAAAAUGCACAGUAUUUGCUGCAGAACAGUGUGAAGCAGUAUGCAGAUGUUGAAGGAUUCUAAUGCAAGAUUAUUUUUUCUUUUUUAUAGUGUGAAGCAGUAUUCUGGAAAGUUUUUCUAAGACUAGUGAAGAACUGAAGGAGUCCUGCACCCUUUUUUUUUUUUUUUAAUCUGCUUCUGUUUAAAAAGCCAACAUUCCUCUGCUUCAUAGGUGUUCUGCAUUUGAGGUGUAGUGGAAUCUUUGCUGUACACCAGAUGUAAUGUUUUAGAUCCUUACAAAUACAUGGGGGGGGAGGGCGCACGAGACUAACAUUGGAAAUUUUUAAGCAGCAGAGAGAGUGAAUUAUAUUUUUGUUCAUUGUUGGUGGUAAAUUGUACUGUUUUUCUGUAAUUGUUGUGAACACCCUGCUUUAUGUACACUGUAUCUUACUUUGAAGGGGGAGAAUAUGGUAGGCCACAUGUCCCUAGCAUUUGUUGAGAGCAGUGUGCAGAAUGUAAUGCAUUUUUGUAAGAAACAUUUUAGGAUUUUUCAAUAAAUUUAGUGAACCUA